ACUGUUUUUUAUAAUCUAAAGUUUUGUUGACACAAACAGCCCCCCCACAUAUACAGCAGAAGCGGUAUGUUGUCCCUUUCAGAGGCUUCUUCUUCUUUGUUUGUUUUUUUUAUUGUGUGUGUGAAGCAAAAUUUGUCAUAUUGAUGUUUUUUGUUUUUGGCCUUCGAACAUUGAACUAUUAUUUGUAACAGAAAGCACUGAUUGGAAAAUUAGUUAGAGAACAGGUAGUCAUUGGUUAAAUGCGUAUCGACCAAAAUCACAGAUGUGUGUCAGAGGCUUCCCGACAUACGACUCCCGGAUCUUCAGAGCCUGGACUGACAUACAGGAAAACUUGAACAGGAAAAGAAGGAAGAACCACUAGAAAGCAGGCUGACCAAUUGAAAGGGCUGGUAGACAUGAGGACGACCGGUAGGGAGGACCCCGUAGACAUGAGGACGACCGGUAGGAAGGGUAGAAAAGACCGGUAGACAUGAGGACGACCGGUAGGAAGGACCCUGUAGACAUGAGGACGACCGGUAGGAAGGACCCUGUAGACAUGAGGACGACCGGUAGGAAGGGUAGAAAAGACCGGUAGACAUGAGGACGACCGGUAGGAAGGACCCUGUAGACAUGAGGACGACCGGUAGGAAGGGUAGAAAAGACCGGUAGACAUGAGGACGACCGGUAGGGAGGACCCUGUAGACAUGAGGACGACCGGUAGGGAGGACCCCGUAGACAUGAGGACGACCGGUAGGGAGGACCCCGUAGACAUGAGGACGACCGGUAGGGAGGACCCCGUAGACAUGAGGACGACCGGUAGGGAGGACCCCGUAGACAUGAGGACGACCGGUAGGAAGGGUAGAAAAGACCGGUAGACAUGAGGACGACCGGUAGGAAGGGUAGAAAAGACCGGUAGACAUGAGGACGACCGGUAGGGAGGACCCCGUAGACAUGAGGACGACCGGUAGGGAGGACCCCGUAGACAUGAGGACGACCGGUAGGAAGGGUAGGGAGGACCCCGUAGACAUGAGGACGACCGGUAGGAAGGGUAGGGAGGACCCCGUAGACAUGAGGACGACCGGUAGGGAGGACCCCGUAGACAUGAGGACGACCGGUAGGGAGGACCCCGUAGACAUGAGGACGACCGGUAGGAAGGGUAGGGAGGACCCCGUAGACAUGAGGACGACCGGUAGGGAGGACCCCGUAGACAUGAGGACGACCGGUAGGAAGGGUAGGGAGGACCCUGUAGACAUGAAGACGACCGGUAGGAAGGGUAGGGAGGACCCCGUAGACAUGAGGACGACCGGUAGGGAGGACCCCGUAGACAUGAGGACGACCGGUAGGAAGGGUAGGGAGGACCCCGUAGACAUGAGGACGACCGGUAGGGAGGACCCCGUAGACAUGAAGACGACUGGUAGGAAGGGUAGGAAGGACCCCGUAGACAUGAGGACGACCGGUAGGAAGGGACCUGUAGAAGCGGUAGACAGGAUUGGUAGAACUGGAGCAGUAGAUGGCAAGAUGAACACCUGAGACGCAUCUCAUCUGGAUGAGUCAGUCCCUUCAUCAGGUUUUUCUUAUAUUGAAAUCGGACCUGACUGAGUUUUGAGUUCAUGCUGAGUAAUGGG